GAAUCCGAUUGGCUGCGUUAACCCCCUCCCCCUCCAUCCAUUGGUUGGCGGCGGAUCAGUAACAAUGUUUAACGCACUAUGAGACAGAGUGAGGCAGUCAGAGAGAGAAACGCGCAGCGGAGGCUGAAGGGACACCGGCACACCACAGUGCAUUUAUUCUUAAUUCCCGUAUCGUUAUUGACAGCUGGCUUUAGUGACAGUCGGAUUGGACUGAACACUUUCGGUUGGUAUCCACAUUUAAACUUUGGAGUCUCUUGUUUUCCCCUCUUCGGUUUUUGUAUUAUUGACUGGACGUAUAGCCUCCUGUGAGUGCCAGGACGCAUUUAUCACGGGGAUGUCUCACCCCGCAUCAAUGCAGUACAAGAGGCUGUUCGCGCAGUUGAUAUCAACGGUUGUGGAUGUAUAUUUUACUCUUGGGUCAACAUAUCUGUCCUGAAGCGCCUCCAGUCUGAGUCCAAGAGCGGUGGAGAGUCACUGCAUCCUAAUCAGCCUCAUUGACAUUACAAGCGCACUUUUGCGGAGCACUUUAUUUUUUUCAUACAAUCUAGUUGGAGGUUUUAUUUUAUUUUAAUUUUUUUUCCCUCCACUCAUUGGGAAGGUGCACGAAGGAUGUAACUUGUCUUUGGUGAUGGUUGUGUUUAGACUGGAUAUAAGAUUACAGGCGAAAAGGCUGGGAAAGGCUAUUUCUUUGUGGAAACUGGAUUGCGAUUAUGCCUCCAAUGCGCCUGGGCGUUCAGCAGAAUAUAAAUUAGCUGCACAGCCUCACCGUUUGUUGUAAAAACUCAGGAUAAAGGGAUCCCUGCUACGGAGGAAAGAAAAGAGCAUUCAAAGGAAAAGCCCACAUAAUGACUUUAUCCAUUUUUUUAUCAUGAAUCGGCAUGUGUCCUCAGUAAUUGAAGGUAGAAAUUGUGAUAUUGCCGGGAAGAUCAACAGGUCGGAGGCGUAAAACGCAUCAGAAACCCAAGACACUCUCACUGAAAGGGAUGCAUCUUUCUGUUUUCCUUUUCCUACUUUUAUGGGCGCAAGCCCUGACGUUGAAAAACUUGAACUACUCUAUACCUGAGGAGAAAAUUCAGGGCGUCAUUGGAAACAUUGCCAAGGAUGCAGAGCUGGAACUGGGAGAGCAGGGGAAAAAAUCCAACUUCAGGGUGUUGGAGAACUCCGCCCCUCACCUUAUCGAUGUGGAUCCUGAAAGUGGGCUAUUGUACACAAAACAGAGGAUCGACAGGGAAACACUGUGCAGACAAAACACCAAGUGCCAGCUCUCCAUGGAAGUGUUUGCCAACGACAAGGAGAUCUGCAUGAUUAAAGUUGAGAUACAGGAUAUAAAUGACAACGCACCAAGCUUUCCUGCAGAACAGAUCGAUAUCGACAUAUCUGAGAACGCAGUCCCAGGCACACGUUUCCCCUUGGCUGCUGCCUUUGACCCUGACACUAAGGAAAAUGGCCUGAAAACAUAUCAGAUCACGCGCGAUGAUUAUAGCAUAUUCUCUUUGGAUGUUAAAUCCAGAGGGGACGGAACUAAAUUCCCUGAAUUGGUCGUUCAAAGGGCCUUAGAUCGAGAGGAACGUAGCCAUCACACCUUAAUUAUAACUGCCACAGAUGGAGGGGAAUAUCCCAAAUCAGGUACAAUGCAAAUCAAUGUGAAAGUCACUGAUUCCAAUGACAACAGCCCUGUGUUUGAACAGCCCACAUAUGUAGUGGAAGUCCCUGAGAAUUCACCCCCAGGCACGGUACUGAUAGAUUUAAAUGCUACAGAUCCCGAUGAAGGGGUUAAUGGGCAGGUUACUUAUUCUUUUAGCUGUUAUGUCUCAGACAGGAUCAAAGAGCUGUUCUCAAUAGACCCCCGAACGGGUGUGGUAAAGAUUCAGGGUAAAAUCGACUUUGAGGAGAACCCAAUUAUAGAGAUUGAUGUUCAGGCAAAGGAUCAAGGCCCCAACCCAAUUCCUGGCCAUUGUAAAGUCACCGUUAAAGUGCUUGACAGGAAUGACAACUGGCCAUCAAUAGGUUUCGUAGCUGUGCGUCAGGGGGCGGUUAGUGAAGCAGCAGCUCCAGGGACAGUGAUCGCACUCGUUAGAGUCACAGACAAAGAUUCAGGCCGCAAUGGGCAGCUCCAGUGUAGGAUUUUGGGGAAUGUUCCUUUCAAGCUGGAGGAGAACUAUGAUAACUUCUACACAGUAGUGACUGACAGACCCCUGGACAGGGAGGUUAAAGAUGAGUAUAACAUCACAAUUGUCUCCAAAGACAAUGGCAACCCACCCCUGAACUCAACAAAGUCUUUCACUGUUAAGAUUCUAGAUGAAAAUGACAAUGCACCCCGCUUCACAAAAAUGGUCUACCUCCUCCAGGUGCCUGAAAACAACAUCCCAGGGGAAUACCUGGGUUCUGUUCUUGCUCAUGACCCAGAUUUGGGCCAAAAUGGGACAGUAUCCUAUUCCCUUCUUCCUUCUAAUGUAAGUGAGGAAUCCAUCACUACAUAUGUUAACAUCAAACCCACUGAUGGUGCAAUUUAUGCCCUGAGGAGUUUCAACUAUGAACAAACCAAGUAUUUUGACUUUAAGGUCCAGGCGAAGGAUUCAGGUAACCCUCACCUGGAGAGCAACACCACUGUCCGUGUCAGUGUGCUGGAUGUUAAUGAUAACAUUCCUGUCAUUGUCCUUCCGUUACUUCAGAAUGACACUGCUGAGAUCCAUGUGCCUCGGAACGUGGGAGUCGGACACAUUAUCACCACCGUGAGAGCGGUGGACAAUGAUUUCGGUGAAAGCGGCCGUCUCACCUACGAGAUCUCGGAUGGCAAUGAGGAACACCUGUUUGAGAUUGACUCGGUGACAGGUGAGGUACGGACAGCCCAGCCAUUGUGGGAGGAGGUGGCACCUGUUGUGGAACUCAUCAUCAAGGUGACUGACCAUGGAAAGCCAUCACUGUCUGCCAUGGCGAAACUUAUCGUCAAAGCCUACUCCGGGCCCUUACCAGAGGGUGAACCACGCAUCAACGCAGAACACCAUAACUGGGACAUGUCGCUCCCACUAAUAGUAACCCUGAGUAUCAUCUCAAUUAUGCUCCUCGCUGCCAUGAUCACCAUCGCAGUCAAGUGCAAACGGGAGAACAAGGAGAUCCGCACAUACAACUGUCGCAUCGCCGAGUACACUCAUCCACAACUUGGCAAGGGCAAGAAGAAGAAGAUCAACAAGAAUGACAUCAUGCUAGUGCAGAGCGAAGUGGAGGAGCGGGACACCAUGAACGUGAUGAACGUUGUUAGCAGUCCCUCUUUGGCCACCUCGCCCAUGUACUUCGACUAUCAAACUCGUCUGCCCCUCAGCUCUCCAAGGUCAGAAGUCAUGUACCUCAAACCCACCACCAACAACCUCAGUGUUCCUCAAGGGCACGUUGGCUGUCAUACCAGCUUCACGGGACCUGUUACGAACACCACCGAGACCCCAGUGAACAGGAUGUCAAUAAUACAGACAGACAAUUUUCCUGCUGAGCCCAAUUACAUGGGUAACAGGCAGCAGUUUGUUCAAAGCAGCUCGACGUUCAAAGAUCCGGAGCGAGCCAGUCUCAGAGACAGCGGGCACGGGGACAGCGACCAAGCGGACAGCGAUCAGGACACUAAUAAAGGCUCCUGCUGUGACAUGUCUGCUAAGGAAGCGCUCAAGAUGAAGGCCACUGGGCUCAAGCCUCAACCACUUGAGCAGGAGGAGGAUUGUGUCAACUGCACAGAGGAGUGUCGAGUGCUCGGUCACUCUGACCGUUGUUGGAUGCCCCAGUUUACCACAGGAGCCGGAGGAGCGGGAACUCCCCAAGGCGAGGGCUCGGACUACCGCACCAACCUCUUCGUACCAGCAGGCAUGGAGGCAGUCGCAGUGGAGACCGAAACUUAUGAGACGGUUUGCAACCCCAAUGGCAAAAAAACUUUCUGCACAUUCGGAAAGGAGCGUCGGGACCACACCAUCCUCGUGGCAAAUGUUAAACCCUACCUAAAGACCAAACGUGCCCUCAGCCCUCUCUUGCAGGAGGUCCCGUCUGCCUCAUGUAGCCCCACCAAAGGCUGCAAUACUGGUUCCCCAUGCUCUUCGGCCAAAGGUAUGGGUGACGGAGCUGAAAGCAAGCCCAGCACCAGCCACUACGGACCCCCAGAUGGACAGUACAUCUCCCCAAACAAGCAGAACAGAGAGCAGGGCUACUCCACGCUGCCUCACUCCGACCCCGUAGCCAAAGUCCUGGCCGCAGCACGUUCACGAAUCAGCCAGGAGACGGCGGUGGAAAUGGACAGCGUUUUGGAGCAAGGCAGAGGAGAGAUGGGCCGUGGAACCAUGGACGCAGACCAGGUGGUCAGAGAUAUCGACAAACUGCUGCAGGAUUGUCGGGGAAAUGAAAACUCCCCCAUCAGAAAGUAGAAAAAACUUUGCUAGCAUAAUAAACUACACUGGAGGAAACAUGGACCAAGUUGAGGCGCUCUCCGAGAGAGUGUGGCUGGCGCAGACGAGGACGUUUUGCGAGGACAAAAAAAAAAACAUGUGUACGUUGUGAAGAUCUUGACGAGUAAACAUAGGGAGCAAAAGAACAGUUUGCUUUCGUUCAUUUGGACGCUGUGUUGUGUUUGUUUGUGGCAAGGGAAUUUCUUCGGAGUUGCAGAAGUUGCUGCUUCUGGCUUCUUGUGAGCUUUUUCUUCUUCUUCAAGUGCCCACCAGCUUCAAACUCUUUCUUACAGUGACGUCUUUAUGUCACUGAACCACAGAUGGAGCGUCCCACCCUUCCCCUACAGGGAAUUUUGUAGGAGAAGGGAUGGACGAAAAUGGUUUGUUUUGACAAUCGCAAGUCAAAAGGGUUCGGGGUGCAUCGGAUGCCCCAGAAUGGUUGGACCACACCAAGACAAAGACACUCUCUUUAACUUUUAUUGGCUUUGUAAUAUCAGCAUAAGUACAAAUGAUAUCAGCAAACUCUGAGGGUGUGUGGGGCCAUGAAUUUUUAGGGCGGGUGGGGAGGGUUGAUUAUGAAAUGUAACCAUUCUUCACCUGUCAUUUUUAAUCAUGUGUAUACUGUGCCCUCCCCCAUGUAUACGUACAUAUGGAACAUUCCAGAACGGUGAACCUGUUACUCUUGCUCACUUAUUGGUCCUCUGUGAUCAUCUGUCUUCAGCUUUUCACUACUUUUAAAGUGACUCUCCACGUUAGUGAUGGCCGAUUCGUGAACGAAUCGUUCAAUUUAACCGGUUCUUCUUAGUGAACCGGUUGAACCAGUUCACCAAAUCGAACUGAAUCGUUUGAAACGGUUCACGUCUCCAAUAAGCAUAA